AUGCAGUCUCAGGAUAUCGAAAUGGUGUACAGGCCUUUGAGCCAGGAAUCAGCAAGUGAUAAGCCACCAAAAGUUCCCACAAGCCGAAUUCAUCGCUCCACCUACGUUGUUUGGCUGGUGUUAUUCUAUGCCGCGUUGGUCUUGUCCUCUUGGACGAUCAAUUGCAUCAUCACAUACCAUCCCAUCAAUGGGAAACAUUACGAUGCCUGGAUACUGCCUAGCAAAGUCUAUCCCUCGGCAUCAGAGACCGAAGAUUUACAGAAGAUGUAUGCACAGAACGAGGAAUGGCACAGGGCUGCGCGGGUGAUUCAGUCCAUUGCCGCAGUGUUGACCAUCCCUCUGACCUCCGCCGUCUGCGCAAGCGCUGCGGUGGUAUAUCUUCAACACUGCACCAAAGGGCAACCUCCGACUUUUACACUCCGCCAAAUGACCGUGUUGGCGGACAAAGGCUGGACCAACAUCGGAACGUACUACCACUUGAUUACCGGGAGAUGGUCUCGAUAUAAAAGCGUUCUUUUGUUUUGGGCGGUCUUGCUUCAUGUUCUCGGAGGCAUAAUCUCCCCGCGCAACAACUGUUUCUCUCCCCAACGACCAUCAAGACACCGACGAUUCCAUCUUCCUUGGAUAAUUUCGUUGAUAUACCUGACAUGUUCAAGGAAGAGCCUCCGACUAACUCUCUUGCGUCAACAUCUGCAGAUGAUACAUCAUCUCAACUUUGGUCUGGACUACAACACCGGUGUCUUUCAACAAUUUCUGCCUCGAAUUAACUCGACUGCGCACUAUGAAGGCAUCACAGAGGAUCUGUUUCCAGCACACUGUGAUACAAUCCCUGGCGCUCUAAGCAUCAGCUAUAGUCCGCCGCCACUCAUCACGACGACAGAUCUCUCUUGGGCACUUCAUGUCUGUAUGCCUAGUGAUCAGAGAGUGUCACCGUGGAAAAACACUCGCAGCCAGCAAAACUUCACAGAGCACCUGUACCUCAAUGUUUCUAUUUCUGCAGACUUACGAAUAUCAGCAGACAGGUCUCAGGCCGAGGAUUUUCCAGCGCCUUUUUCUGAGUAUUUUCGCGUCACUGUUGAGACCACGGCUGGAUACUUUGAGCUUCCGAACUACAUGAAUGGUCAAAAAGCCGGACCGCUUCUUAAACAAGACCCAAAUCUUGAGUGCGGCAAUGCUUGUUAUAGUCAAGGAGGUGCUAUAUAG